AUGGAUCUCUUAAACAACCUACCAGAAGAGAUUCUUUGUCAUAUAUUGUCAUUCCUUACCACAAAGGAGGCUGCUUUGACAUCUGUUCUCUCCAAGAGAUGGCGAAAUCUGUUUGCAUUUGUCCCUAAUCUUCACAUUGAUGACUGUGAUUUUCGACAGAGCUUCAUGGAAUUUGUGGAUAGAGUUUUGGCAUUGCAGGGUAAUUCUCCCAUUAAGAAAUUCUACCUCGGUGGUAUGGGCGGUAUUGAUAUAGAUCGUGUGAGUUGUUGGAUACAGAAUGUGAUGGUCCGUGGUGUUUCGGAGAUUGUUCUGUCGAUCUUUGAUGAUACGCCAUCAGCAGAUAGAAAUCAUAUGUUUCCGAAAGUUUUCCAGAACAAGAAACUAGUUAAGCUAACAUUAAGUUAUGGAUUUGAUAUUCGUUUGGUGGAUGGGAGCAUUUUCUUACCGACGCUCAAGACUCUCAUUCUACAUUUAGUUUCGGUAUCUGUUGAUACGUUUGACAUUCUUCUUCAUGCUUUGCCUGCGCUUGAGGAAUUAGUCCUAGAUGAUAUAGACUGGAAAGAUUUGGAUGAUUUGGAUGUUAAUGUGACUCUAUCAAGUGCAAGCCUCAAGAAUUUAACAAUAAACUACUGCGGUAGUUUUGUUACUUAUUCAUUUGAUACACCUAGCCUUGCGUACUUCUGUUACUCUAGUUAUGCCGCAGAAGAUUAUUCCGUAGCUAAAACGGAAAACUUGUUUGAGGCUCGAAUCAGCGUUUUGGUACAUGGAGGAGAUAUUUGGCGAGCAAGAUUGCCACACAAUAUUUGGUUUGAGGAUGAAGAGGACAAUGUUAUCAACCAAUUUUCAAAUGUGGGGAACCUUAUGAAUGGCAUUCGAAAUGUUCGGUGCCUAGUUCUGUCUCCUGAUACUCUUGAGGUGCUUUCUGUAUGCUGUGAAUCAUUGCCAGUGUUCAACAACCUCAAAUCAUUAACUAUUACGAGCAACGAUAAUCGAGGAUGGCAAGCAAUGCCAGCUCUUCUAAGGAACUGUCCGCAUUUAGAAACUCUAGUCCUUGAGGGUCUAUUACACCAUGUCACAGAUAAAUGCGGGGAUGCUUGUGACUGCGUUUCUCGAGAGGAAAAGGGUCGUUCACUCACAUCUUGUCCAGUAAAAGUUUUAGAGAUUAAAGGGUUUCAUGGAACAACCAAAGAGAUCCACUUAUACCAAAAAAAAAAAACCAAAGAGAUCCACAUGAUUAAACAUUUCUUGGACUAUUUUCCGUGUUUGAAGGAGAUAAAGAUCUAUAUGGAAGAGGAUGGUCCUAGACAGCUCAGAGUCCCUGAAGCGUCUGAAGGUAUUGCAAAGAUGAUGAUGGAAAACUAUAAUAAUAUGUCAUCGGGUUGCAAUGUCCAGCUCCUUGUGAGUGGUAACUUGUAUAAGAAGUGGUGGACUCCAUAA